AUGUUUGGAAAGAAGCAAUCAGCAAGUCAAUGGAGUAUUUUAACUGCCCCAAAUGCUGAACAACUAGAUCGCGAACAACAACCAUUUAUUGGUCUAGUUCUUCGUUGUGUAGACUUUCCUGGACAAAAUAUUGAAGAAAUUGUUAUUCUGAUAGAAUUGGUUGAUCAAAAUGAUAAUAGACCAGUAAUUAAUUGGGCACAUCAGGGAGAACAAUAUUUGGUGUUGCCAUCGAAGGAAUGGCCUAGAGGAGGGGCUAUAACUCGUUUUUGGGCCUAUGACCGUGAUGUCGGGGAAAAUGCCCGUAUAAAUUUCCAACUCGAUUCUGAACAAUCAGGAAAUGAUUUCUUUCAAAUAGAUUCGCAAACUGGGCUUUUAACAGCUUCUGAUAUUCGUCCAUUAAGUGAAUUGUAUGAAAUGUUGGGGGGUGAAACGUUUGAAUUGAAAGUUGUGGCAACAGAUAAUGGGCAUCCCCCACUCUCCUCAAUAGCUAAAGUCAACAUAAUUUUCAACGAAGAAACUAGUGAAAAUAUUAAAGAACUUAAAAUGGUUUGGCCGAGUGUUGAAGACAAUCCAUCAGAAUUAAAAGAAGAUAUACCUAUUGGAAGGAGAAUUGGCCAGGCUGAGGCUAUUUUUAUUGGGAAAAAAUCAAAAUUAAUGGAAAAAGAGGAAAACGAAAUAUUUUAUAAAAUUGGAAGUAAUUUAGAUGGAAAUUGGACGGAAAAUGAAGAGAAGGAAGAAAUGCUUCGUAUUGACGAGAAAACUGGGGAAAUAUUUAUUUUAAAACAAUUUGAUUAUGAAAGCCAGGAACAAUGGGCGGUGAGUUUAAAAAAUGUUUUGAAUGGAUAA